AAAAUGUGUUGUUGUCAAUCGUAGUUCGGGGUUUUCUAUGGUUUAAGGUUAUAUUUUGCAAUUCAACGUAAUCUAGAAGAAACAUUUAUUAAUUAAAAUGGAAAAUAAACACCAAAAAAUGCCCAAGGUGGCAAAGGUAAAAAAUAAAGCGCCAGCAGAAAUUCAAAUUACUGCUGAACAACUUCUACGUGAAGCCAAAGAACGUGAUUUGGAAAUUUUACCGCCACCCCCAAAACAAAAAAUAUCUGAUCCAGCUGAAUUAGCAGACUACCAGCUACGUAGAAGAAAACAGUUUGAAGAUAAUAUUCGUAAAAACAGAACAGUUAUAUCAAACUGGAUUAAGUAUGCUCAAUGGGAAGAAUCGCAGAAGGAAAUUCAAAGAGCCAGAUCAAUUUACGAGAGAGCAUUAGAUGUAGAUCACAGAAAUAUAACAAUAUGGCUAAAAUACACAGAAAUGGAAAUGAGGAGUCGCCAAGUAAACCAUGCAAGGAAUUUGUGGGAUCGAGCUGUUACCAUAUUACCUAGGGUUAAUCAAUUUUGGUAUAAGUACACUUACAUGGAGGAAAUGUUGGAAAAUAUACCAGCAGCUAGAGCAGUGUUUGAAAGAUGGAUGGAAUGGCAGCCAGAUGAACAAGCUUGGCAAACCUAUAUUAACUUUGAGUUGAGAUAUAAAGAAAUGGACAGAGCUAGAGAAAUUUAUGAAAGAUUUGUUAUUACACAUCCAGAAGUAAAGCACUGGAUCAAGUAUGCAAGAUUUGAAGAAAACCAUUCAUUUAUUCAUUCUGCCAGGCAAAUUUUUGAAAGGGCUGUUCAGUUUUAUGGAGACGAUCAUUUGGAUGAGAAAUUGUUCAUUGCUUUUGCUAAAUUUGAGGAGAAUCAGAAAGAACAUGAUAGAGCCAGGGUUAUUUAUAAGUUUGCUUUAGAUCACAUUCCCAAGGAGCAGUCCAAAGAAUUGUACAAACAGUACACUAUACAUGAAAAGAAAUAUGGGGAUAGAAGUGGGAUUGAAGAAGUUAUUGUUUCUAAAAGGAAAUUUCAGUAUGAACAAGAAAUAUUGCAAAAUCCUACAAACUAUGAUGCCUGGUUUGAUUAUAUUAGAUUAAUUGAAGGUGAAGGAGAAGUAGAAAUUACAAGAGAAACCUAUGAAAGAGCAAUAGCAAACAUCCCUCCCUCUAAAAACAAACAAUUUUGGAGGAGAUAUAUAUACCUAUGGAUAAACUAUGCUAUUUUUGAGGAACUCGAAGCCCAAGACUAUGAAAGGACAAGACAAGUAUACAAAGCUUGUUUAGACUUACUACCUCACAAAGUAUUCACAUUUUCAAAAGUCUGGUUAUUAUAUGCAAAAUUCGAAAUAAGACAAAAGAAUUUAACCACUGCUAGAAAAGUAUUGGGGAUGUCCAUUGGCAUGUGCCCACGAGAUAAACUGUUUAGAGGAUACAUUGAGUUGGAAAUUCAGUUGAGAGAGUUUGAUAGAUGUAGAAGAUUAUAUGAGAAGUUUUUGGAAUUUGGACCUGAAAAUUGCGUUACAUGGAUGAAAUUUGCUGAACUGGAAACAUUGUUGGGUGAUGUGGAUAGAGCUAGAGCUAUUUAUGAGUUGGCAAUUAACCAACCCAGGUUGGAUAUGCCAGAGCUCUUAUGGAAAGCUUAUAUUGACUUUGAAAUAUCACAGGAAGAACCUGAUCAUGCCAGGCAAUUGUACGAGAGAUUACUUGAACGAACAAACCAUGUGAAAGUCUGGUUAUCUUAUGCCAAAUUUGAAUUCAACAACCAUUCAGAAGAUGAGAUAAAUAUAGGUCUAGCAAGAAGGGUGUUUGAAAGAGCUAAUGAAACACUAAAAUCUUGUGUAGAUAAAGAAUCCAGAGUGCUUCUUUUAGAAAACUGGAAGGAGUUUGAAAACACCCAUGGUGAUAAUGUUAAUAAAGAAAAAGUUAAUUCCAAAAUGCCAAGGAGAAUCAAGAAAAGACAGAAGGUUAUUGAUGAAGAUGGAUUUGAGCAAGGUUGGGAGGAAGUGUUUGAUUACAUCUUUCCAGAAGAUGAAGCUAGCAGGCCUAAUUUGAAACUGCUUGCUGCUGCCAAAAACUGGAAGAAAAAAGCUGCUGAUGAUGAACCUUCAGAAAGUGAUAAAUCAGCAGAAAGAGAGUCAUGAUGACAUUUUGUUAUUGUUUUAAGUUAUUUUUAGUAAUAAUUAAAACCAUUUUUUAAUCAA